AUGGCUCUCGUAAAACGAAGUAUACCACCGGACGGCCGUGAGCCCUACAUUAUCGGACAAUUAGAAGGCGAGCGCAUCACAAUCCCCGGCAGCAAAGGCGCCUUCCGCAUCCUAGCCUCUGCCAAACAGACCGGGGGAACAAUGGCAGUUUUCCAAAGCGCAGCAGUGCUAUCCGACGCGCCGGGAUUCCAUUACCAUAACCAAGCCCAUGAUGUCUUCCUGGUGACAAAGGGAUACUUGAAGCUGUGGAAUGGGGAGAAAUGUCGAAUUAUGGCACCGGGGGAUUUUGCUUAUGUUCCUCCUCAUGUCGUUCACAAUCCCGAAUUACUGGGUCCUCAUACCGAAACAUACGGGCUUGUUACGCCGGGAGACUGGGUUGACUUUUUCCGGCAUGUAUCAGAACCAUAUGAAGGCGUUAUACUUCCAGAGAGUGACAAUCGAGAUCUCAAGGCGCUUCUAAUCCCCAAAGUCAUGGCAGCCAAGGGCCAAUUCGACGUCGUAUUCCAGCCAAGUUACGUACCACCAGCACUAGGAAAUUGGGAUAAAGACGACGAACAGCUCCCAGAAUCAGAGACGCCAUUACCAUACUAUCUACGCGCAAACACCGGGCCUAGGUGGCUCUUGGGAGGUGUAUUGUCCCGCCCGUUCAUUACCACAGCUCAAUGUGACGGGGUAUGUGCUAUUUCGAGCAUUGAGUCAUCAGACACUUUUACCGAAUCGUUGCUGUCGAGAAAAUUAACUUUCCGCACGGUGGACCACUGUCUUUGCGUAAUCGAGGGGUUGUUGGUCAUUCGCAUUCCCGGUUCGCCCGAUAGUGUGAUCCGAGAGGGCGAGACGGCACUUAUACCUGCAGGUCAGGCGUUUUCGUUGAGAUUUGGUAGUAGAUAUGUAAGAGUUUGGUCGUUUACAAGUGGGAAUGGAAUUGAGUCGCUGGUUCACAGGCUCGGAGUGCCGUUUGGAGGCUUCGUCUUGCCUGAUCAGGCCCUGUCUGUUGAGCUUGAUGAACAGAGAGUCAAAGAAGCUGCAGAAGAGCUUGGUGUUGAUAUUCAGGAUUGA